AAAUGCGCACUUUCAUUAUUUUCUCCGCACUCCUGGUAAUCCUUGUUCAAUGUGGAUAUCCAACUAGCUACCCAGUUGCUCCAAGCUUUGCUCCGCGAGGCAUCGUCCCACGAUCUCUCCCCGAGCAACCACCAAGCAGAUUCACUGACUGGACUGUGACGACGGAUUCUGAAUCGGAUAACUCUGAAUUCCGCAAACGUGCCAAGGCUCGCACCGCCCGUAACCGGAAAUUCUAACGUCGUGCAUGCACUUCAACCAAUUAGGAGAUUUCAACAGAGGGAGCAUUAAAAUUUGAAUACGUGUUGAUAAGAAUAAAUUUUCAAAAUUAAA